UUUUUGCUCUCAAGCCUCAAGUUUUCUUUUUUGGGGCGACUCUGAAUAGUGCCGAUUCACUUCGGCAGUUUCACCUGCACCAUGGGACACACUGACGUAUUGCCUUUCCUCCUGGGGGAGAGGAAGAGGGAAUCUGCCAAACCGGCCGAGAUCUGCAUCGCACCCUGUGACAAGGCAGCCGAACCAUCCCCGUGCAGCAGUCACAGCACCGAAGUGGGUGAGAACAAGCUUCGGGAUUUCUCCCGGGCCAAUUCCUUUGAGAGCGAGGAGCCGCUCUCUUACCUCAGCAAAGAGGCUGCCUUGCAGCUUCAGCAGGGCUUGCUCGCGGCCUACACAUCAGCCGGCUUUCAGAAGCGACUCCACGAGAUGAGCAGGAAGUUCAAAGCGCAGCGCGUGGAUCCACACCUCUCAGCUGACUUCAAGCUGUUGGUGCGCACACAGCAGUUCCAGAUCCUCCCGCUGUACGGCUUUGAUCCUUCAGAGCAAGGAGUUGAGGACAUGCUCCAAGCCUUCGAGGAGUUCAAAGAUGAUCCUGACAUCUAUGUCAAUGCUUCAGCGAUCCAAGAGGCCAUCUUCAGCCCAUGGCAGGAAAGCCACCCUAAGGCCAUCGAAUCCAUUGGCUUCGCAAGAAAGCCUGGAACCAAGGUCACCAUCAUGGAAAUGUUGCAAUCCCUCCUCAUCUCGUUCAGCGAGCCUCAUUUUCAAGAGGAAAUUGCAAAGCUCAAGCUUGACUACGAUGCCUUAGCUGGGCGUUGCACCUUUGCAAACUUGUCCCAGAAGGUGUCGGUGCCAGACCCCCAAGGCUAUUACCAUCUGCCGGGCAGAGCCGAGCUUGCCCUUCAGUUGCAGCAGCCCGUCCUUACCUGCUUCGGCUUCUCUCCCACACGGGGCGGGGUGUGUGACAUGGUCCGGCACUGCGUGCCUUACCUGUCGGAUCUGGCGGUGGCAGAGUUGUUCGACAACAUCAACAUGA